GUUACGAAAAAAAACAUGGCGCCUGGAAAAACGCACGUGCAUUCGAAGCAUAAAAACAAACUUCAAGCAAAAAGUAAAAGCAGUUCCGGGGUCAAAAAGGCUAAGAAGAACACCCUUCGUAAAAAGCAGUUGAAAGAGAAAACAUUCCAACAGAUUGAAGAAGUUAACAAGAGUUUUACAGCUGCUGUUCAUAACAUAACAUCAAUUAAAAGCAGAGCUCAAAGGGAAUCUGUUUCUACAGAAAUGCAAGCAAAUUUAAAGAUCAGCAAAGAGAAAAAUUUUCCACCAAAUACAGAUGUUACACAAGAAGAGCUGCUAAAGACUGUUGAAGACAUUGCAAACCUUUGACAGUGAUCAAGAUACUGACAACUCUGAGGGACUGCGGCAGUACCUGUUGAUCUGUUCAACAGUACAUUUUUGGUUGAUUACAAGAAUAUGUCUUACCCCACUCUUGGAGAGGUUCGAGUUUACUUCUAAAAUUCCUUGAUGUAAACUCUCAAGGGUCCUAUGUAGUUUCUUCAUAUCAAAGAGAAACAUCUUGUAGAACAGGCAAAUUGCAACUGAGUCAGCAACAUAUUCCUUGUGAUGGAAUUAACUGUAGUCAUCUCGAUCAUCGUGGAUAUCAUCAUAAGCAGCAGUUCAUUUUUGCUAAUGAUAAAAACAUUCCAUUAGGACAUGAUCAACAUGGCAUUAUUAUCAUUAUUAUCAUUAUUAGCAUUAUUAUCAUAGCAGAUCAUUUUUGCUUAUAAUAAAAACAGUUUGUUAGAACAUAA